UUUUACCAACUAUCCGGUUUUCCCUUUUAGACACGUCUAAGCAUUUCCGAGUCUGGUAGACCUGAGGCUGACCAAAUUGAUCUGAAGGUGUCCAGCAUUUUGAGAUAACCAGCAUUUCAAGGUGUUAGUGUUGAACAGUUUGAGGUGUACCUCCAGUUUAAGGUGUAAACAGUCCAUAACAAUGUGGAGGAAAAGACAGAGUCCAGAGAGCUUGUGAUGAAAAUAUGAGUCCAGAAAACUAGAGAUGUAAAUAUGAGUCCAGAAAACUAGUGAUGUAAAUACUAAUAUGGCAGAGAAGGAGCAUAAAGAGCAGAAGAUAGGCAGCCAGCUGCCGGGAGAGUCCAUUAAGGUCAUCGCUGAGUCCGUUGGUAUCAGUGGGAUCCCUGAUGAUGCUGCUAGUGUUCUGGCUGAAGAUAGCAGUUACAGACUUAAGCAAAUCGCUCAGGAGGCUGUUAAGUUUAUGCAUCAUGGGAAGCGAUUAAAAUUAUCAACAGCUGACAUAGAUCAUGCACUUAGAGCCAAAAACAUUGAGCCUCUUUAUGGUUUCCAAACUGGGGACAACAUCCCCUUCCGAUUUGCCACUGGUGGAGGGAGGGAACUGCAUUUCAUUGAAGAGAAGGAGUUUGAUCUACAGGAAGUUGUGAACUCAACAUUACCAAAAAUACCUGUUGAUAUUUCCUUAAAAGCGCACUGGCUCUGUAUUGAUGGAGUCCAGCCCUCAACCUCGGAGAAUCCACCUCCGGCUUCUAAAGAUCAACAGCAAAAAGAGAUUCUGGACACAACAGUAAAGACAGUGAUUGACAAACAACUGAAAACACCCACUAUAGUAGAACCCAGCAAAGUGAAACACAAACAUAAAGGAAUCACUGACCUUGCCAAGGUCAAGGAUCUUUCUACGCAUGAGCUGUCUGUGGAACAACAACUGUAUUAUAAAGAGAUAACUGAAGCUUGUGUGGGACCAGAUGAGGGCAGACGAUCUGAGGCUCUACAGAGCUUGGCCAGUGAUCCUGGACUUCAUCAGAUGCUUCCUAGAUUUAGUACCUUCAUAUCAGAAGGGGUGAAAAUAAAUGUGGUACAGAACAACCUGGCUCUUCUGAUUUACUUAAUGAGGAUGGUGAAAUCAAUCAUGGACAAUCAGACUCUCUAUCUGGAAAAAUAUUUACAUGAAUUCAUUCCGGCUGUGUGUACGUGUAUUGUGAGUAAACAGCUGUGUAUGCGACCAGAAGUGGACAACCAUUGGGCGUUACGAGACUUUGCAGCCCGCCUUAUGGGACAAAUGUGCAAGAAUUUUAGUACAAGUACUAACAAUAUCCAGGCACGUAUCACCAAAACAUUUACGCAAGCCGUGCAGAGUGACAAGGCAGCACUAGCCACACAAUACGGAGCUGUUGCUGGUCUGGGGGAGAUGGGAUCAGAGGUCAUCAAGUCAUUUUUACUUCCCCAUGUGAAGGACAUUGGGGAGAAAGUUAAGAGUGUGCUGGAGGGGCCUAUCCUCAAUGCAGCUGACAAAAUAGCUGCAGAAAACAUCAAGAAGUCACUGGCUAAAUACCUGUCCCCUGUGCUGAAGGCCCUCAAAGGAGCUGGUGCAUCAGUGGAGGAUUACACUGCGGAGUUUGGGUCCUUGGGAAGCAUGCUCCAUGCAGCUGUGGGGAGGGAAAGGAAAUCAUCGGGAAAUCAAGGAAAUCAGCUGGCCAAGGCCGCCGGGGCAGUAAACCCCUCACAGGAAAGAUCUAGACCAACGGUCACCAUCCCAACUCCUCGCUCACAGUUUGUCAUUCAGCAAUCUCCAUCCAUUGGAAGUCUGCCAGGAACACCUAAACAACCACAAGGGGCCAUCCGUACACCUGGAACACCCUCUAUAAUUCAAGGAGGACAACCAAAAACACCCAGUACUCCAGGACAACAAAAGUUCAUAGUCAUGACAUCACAAGCCAGGCCAACCAACAAUGGACAGUCAGAUAAACCACUUUCUAUAAGUUCAGGUACACCAACUGUGGUCAAGGUCAUGUCAGGGAACACUCAGAGUCAAAUGCCAACAGCUGUACCAAGAACACCUACUGCACCAAAAAUUGUGGUUAUGUCCAUGGCACAGGGGAAUUCUUCUCUUGGGGGUCAGUCCGGGGGAAGUAGUCAGGACUUUGGGGUGAGAAGUGUGUUCAAUGAACAAUUAAACAACAUCAAAAAGGAAGGUGAAAAUGGGUGAACCAAGUCUUCUACAGGCAACUGAGUUCAAAGAAAGAUUAAUGCAGAAUGCAUGAACAUACAGUGUAUAUUAAAGGGAAAGGCAACCCUAACCACAUUGUUGCCUUUAUGAAUAAAGUAUUACAUACUGAUAUCGUAAAUGACAGUCUUUAAGAACAAAAAUCCUUGCUUAACAAUUAAAUCAAUAUUCAUCUAUCUUAUAUUUCAAAUUACCCACCACUAAGAGAGCGGCCAUUGAAUUUUAAUUUAUUACAUCACACCGUAUGUUCCGAUUUAUUUCAUCAGCUGUACUAUAAACAUGACACGUCACGAACAGUUAAGUUUGGAGCUGUAUAGAUUUGAGCCUGUUCUUUUGCAAGAAGAAUUUAAGAAAAGAAGACAUUCAGUCGAGUCGCAGACCAGUCAGAUGGUACUCAUUUCUUCAUACAUGUAAAUGUCUCAAACCUCAACUUGUCAGUACGCAAAUGAUGGAUCCACAGUUUACAUAGUAUUUUCUUUUUAAAUAACUUUGUUGGGUCAGGAAUUUGGGGGGGGGGGGGGGGACUUUUUUCACAUCUCCCCUUCGCAUUAGUGUAAUUAACUGCUUGACAGGAAAACAUCCACCUAUUUACAAUGUAUUUGUAAAAUCUACCACAUGCACAUCUUUGAUCUCAUCAAAACCGAAAUAGAUGGUGAUGUCAAAAUUUUUGUGGUCUUCAAUACAAAAGAGUUCUGCAUCAUGGCAGCCUCUAUAGAUGGUGAGAAUUUCAAUUUUUAAUGUUUUAGAAUUAGUACUGAAGCUUAUCUAGGCUGUAUAUCAAAAGAAUAGUAUGACAAAUCUUUAUCAUAUAAUUAAUCUUAUCAUUUAUCAUGUAAAAAAAUGUUUGGGUUGCCUUUCCCUUUAAAUGUAUCGGUAUAUUAUAUAUUGUAACAAGUAUAAAAUGUGAAAACAUUUAAUAAUGAAUAAAAAUUAAAAUUUCUGUUACAAUGUAAAUGUUUAACAAAGACCAUUCAUUUACAAACCAUUAUUUUUGAUAUUUAUGAAAAAAUGUAUUUUUAAAGUCAAUAUGUUCUGUCUCAUUAGUGAGCUAGAAAUUGUGUUGCUGUGGGAGAGUAUCUCUGUCAAUCAGGGUUAUUUCAUGUUAUACAGAAAGUGCUGGAAACAAUGGGAUUACUAUCUCAAACUAAACCUUAUAGAAUCAUGUGUAAUUAUGUCUCCCUUCUUCCAGGAGGAGACAUCUUGUUUUUAUACUUUCUGUCAAGUCUGUCUGUCACAAAAUACUGUGAACACUU